AUGGCUUUCGCUGACACGCUCCAAACACAGUGCACCCUGCAGCCGGCCACGAGCUCGCGCCGUCCCAGACCGUGCGCGCGCUUCGCGGCUGUCGCCACUCGCAGCACGGCGGCGACAGCAUGGGGCGCCGCCGCGAGGGCCCGCGCUCCGGCCGCAUCAGCGGCGAGGAUGAGCACGCGGAGGACGGCUUCAGUCGCAACCAUGUGGAGGCAGGUCCAGGGGUCCCACGACUGGGACGGCCUGCUUGAGCCGCUGCACCCGGUGGUGCGCGACGAGGUCGCGCGGUACGGGGAGCUCGUCGGCGCCUGCUACACGGCGCUGGACGUGGACCCGUCGUCGGCGCGGCACAUGUGCUGCAAGUACGGCAAGGAGCGCGUGCUCCAGGAGGCUGGCGUGGUCGGGGCAGGGUACGAGGUGACGAGGUACAUCUACGCGACGCCGGACGUGGGGCCGUACACUAGCGGCCGCCCCAGCUGGGUCGGGUACGUCGCCGUGUCCACGGACGAGAUGACCCCGGAGCUUGGCAGGCGCGACGUGCUAGUCUCGCUGCGCGGGACGGUGACGCGGGCGGAGUGGACGGCCAACCUCAUGAGCUCGCUCGAGCCGGCGCGCCUUGACGCGUGCGACGUGCGCCCGGACGUCAAGGUCGAGUCGGGCUUCCUCAACCUCUAUACCUCUUCGGCCGACAAGCAGAGCCGGUCCGGCGGCAUGGGGAGCUGCCGGGAGCAGCUCCUCCGCGAGGUUUCCCGGCUCAUCACGUCUUUCUCCAAGGACCACCCCUGCGAGGACAUGAGCGUCACCCUGGCCGGCCACAGCAUGGGCAGUGCCCUCGCGGUGCUGCUCGGGUACGACCUCGCCGAGCACGGCCUCAACCGCGACGCGUCCGGGCGCUGCGUCCCCGUGACCGUUUUUUCCUUCGGCGGGCCGAGGGUGGGGAACGCUGCCUUCAAGGACCGCUGCGACGAGCUCGGCGUGAAGGCGCUGCGCGUCGCCAACGUGCGCGACCCGAUCACCAUGCUCCCGGGCGUCCUCCUGAACGAGGGCACGACGGGGCUGCUCGGCUCCUGGGGAGGCGACCGCUACACGCACGUCGGCGUAGAGCUGUCCCUCGACUUCCUCAGGCUCCACAACCUGGGCAGCGUACAUGACCUCGGCACGUACGUAGAGUCGCUCAAGGCGGAAGAAACCUGCGGCAAGUUGUCCAAUGCGGUCGCGUACAGGCGGGGCGGCGUUCUCGCAAAGGCGAUGGAGUUCGUCGCGGGACAGCGCGCCCCCACUUUUGUGUGACAGGAGGCGGCUCUGCAAAUGGGCAGCCUGGUGCACUCUGCCGGCUUGAUCUGAGA